UCUUUCUAGCAGUAAGAUAAAAGAUGAAUUAUAAGGGUGAAAUCAUUAUUCAGGAGCUCACUCGCUGUAGAUCAGUAGUCCAGAUAAGAGAGAUGUUAAGGACUGAGCUAAAUCAAGCAAUGAGUAUAGAGAGGAGGAGACAGAAUUAACUGAUAUUUAGAGCUAGCAUAAGUAAGAUUUGUUGUGAGAGCUAACAGGAUCUGAAGGACACUGAUUUCUGGUCAAGGCAUAAUAGAGUUGGGAUAGGAGAUACAUAGGGAAAAAAUAUGUUUUAAAAAGAGAAAAAUGUAACUCUAAUUUUGGCCACAUUAACUUUGAUGAUAGGCUUAAUUUAAUUUAAGUAAGAGUCUGAAGUUCACUAAAUUCAGGACCAAGAAUGUGUUUCAGGAAGUUCCUACAAUAGAGUUGACUUUUGAGACUUUGAGUUUGGGUGAGAUUGCCCAAAGAGAACAUAGAACCUAAAAAGAGAAAAAAAUCCAAUGACAGACCCCAACAUUCUUUAGGUGUAGAAAUAUAGGACCUUAGAAUAAGAAUGAAAAACAGUAAUUCGAGAAAAAGGAAAGAGUAUUAAUAGAGUAGUGCCAACGUGAGCCCAAGGAAGAUACCAUCUCAAGGAGGGUGGCUGGUCCAAGGCAGUCAUAAAACAUAUGUUGGAUUUGUUAAACAGAAAGUCAUUUGGGACUUUUACAAAAGCAGUGUACUACAAUAAAUCACCAAGGAAAUUCAGACCCUCAGGGUUGAGUUUGUAAAAGGUCAUGGGGAGUACCAGAUGACAUUCAGUCAUCUGCAAUAUAGAGAAUGCCAAGAACUUCUAAGCCUCUAUCAAAAAUAUCUCUCAGAACAGCAGGAGAAGCUCACUAUGUCUCUCUCAGAACUUGGUGCUGCCAGAAUGCAGGAACAACAGGUGUCCAAUAAGAAAAGCACUCUGCAGUCUUCAUCUGUGGAACUGGAUGGUUCCUACUUGAGUGUAGCCAAACCACAAACCUACUAUCAAACCAAGCAAAGGCCUAAGUCUGCGCACCAGGAUUCAGCUUCAGGAUCUCUGAUGGAGUUUAGGAAUAAUUAUUUGAAUCCAGCCACCCUUCCUCAUCCCAAAGAGGGUCUAGACAGGGUGCCAUCAGAGACCAGAACAUGUAAUUAUGAAUCUCCAGGAAGAAAACCAGUGGAUGCAGUCCUAACAGAGAAAGUUCCACCAGAAGAAUUAAAAAUGAAGGAAUGUCCACAUCGUAAGCCUACUUCAUUGAGUUCAUGCUGUGGUGACAGACUUUCUGAAAAUGCUGGUCAAUCUUAUGAGAGCCAUUCUAAAAAUAUAGCCCUUCCUUGUUCCAAAGCACAUCCAGAAUCAUGCAGCUAUUGUGGGCUUUCUUGGGAAUCUCUCAUGCAUGGCAGAAGAGCACUGCAGCCCAGUGAAACUGAUGUCAAAAAACAACUGUCAGAAGAGAGAAGGCACCAACUGAUGCUUCAGAAAAUGGAGCUGGAAAUUGAAAAAGAGCGCCUUCAGCAUCUACUGGCUCAGCAGGAGACAAAGCUUCUCCUAAAACAGCAGCAGCUUCACCAGUCUCGAUUGGAUUACAAUUGGUUAAGAACUCAAGCUAUAUUUAAGUCAAGAGAACUGGUUGCUGACAAAGAACUUGCUAAACCCCGAGAGCUCAAUGUGGAUAUGAAUGGUAGUGACUCUGGACCAAGUUUAUUAAAGUCAGAAUGUAAUGGCUGGCUACUUGGAACAUCACCAUCCAUUAAAAAAUACCAGGACUCCACAAACAAUGGAGAGACUCGGAAGGAAAGGAAGACAGUUGGGUUUCAGUCACAUGUGGAAGAUCAUACCCUGUGGACGUGUCAAAAGAGAGAUACAUAUAGACCCCAAAGAGGGACAACAACAGAAGUUAGAAAAGAUGCGUCAACAUCUCCCAUGCCAACAGAAAAGCAAAAGGAGCCUGUAACUACCGCCUCAUCAUCGUUCCAACACAGUGCCUCCCGGUAUGAGACAUCUCUGUUAGACUUGGUUCAGUCUCUGAGUCCAAGCUCUGCUCCCAAACCUCAGCCCCAUCCCUCCAGAGAAGCUGGGACCUGGAAUCAUAGCACUUUCAGAGUCAGUCCUGUAAAAUCAACCUGGAAAAAGAUGGGGGCAAGCAGGAGCCCUGAAGACCUGGAGGAAAAUCAAAUUUUGAAAGAUAUAUUUUUCAUUUGACACUGAACCACAUACUACAAAAUUUCUAUAGGAAAUUCAUGAGUUUCUUCAUAUACUGAUUCAGAAUUGUUAAUUAUUUGAUUGCAAAGUAAUUGUGUCUCUUUCACAGGAACCCAUCUCACUAUCCUGUUAUGUGUUGAAUAUAGAAAUAAUUCUAAUAACCCAAAGUAUUUUUGAUCAGACCAGUCAGUGGGUAUCACACUAAUGGGAGUAGUGGCAAGGGGUGGUAUCUUUCUUAUGCAAAACAGAGACUAUUAGUACAAUGUAUUUUCUACAAGGAGGUGUCCAUUGUAUGUUCACCUACCCUCAUCCUCUGCUAGAAAAUGUUGGUUCUCUUUUGUAUGCUAAGAAAGCCUUUGACUGAAAGAUCCUAAUUUAAAUAUAAUUUGUAACAUAAAUUGUCUCGGAAAGACAGA